AUGUCUUGUAGCUCGGAAGAGUCGGAACCGCCCGUCGGGUCUUCGUUGGCCUCCGCUCACAAAGCGCUCGUCGCUCUCUCAGGUCGUUCUAUUGUGUCCCUAUCGUUCCGUCGCUUCUCCCACGCCGUUCCUUAAACUUUCAGGAGUGUCCGCCAAGAUGCCUGACGAAUCUCGCUCCCAGAAAAUGGGCCUGUUGGGCGCCAUUUCGUACAUUGUCGGCAAUAUCGUCGGAUCGGGAAUCUUCAUCACGCCCACUGAAAUCAUUAAGAAUGUAAACUCGGUAAGAUUUCUAGAAGUUUCAAAGAAAAGACGUCUGGUGUGUUCCAGGUCGGUUUGUCCCUUGUUAUCUGGAUUCUGGCGGCACUUAUCUCAAUGCUUGGCUCCUUCUGCUACGUCGAACUCGGCACGUCAAUUCGUCUUUCCGGUGGAGACUUUGCAUACCUUUGCUUCAUGAAAUGGCACGUGCAGUUCACGCUCUCCGGCAACAUUUUGAACUGUUCUCUGACGUUUCAGGUACCCUGUCGCCUUCGCCUUCAUGUGCAUCGGGUGUACUAUCAACUAUCCGGCGACUCUGGCUGUCCAAGCGCAAACAUUUGCAGAAUACGUCUUUCGGGUGAGCGGGCAAAGUACAAAAUGUAGACUAGACAGUUGAAUUCCAGGGCGCCGGGGUGGAGAUGGAUGAGACUUCCGAGUUCUGGGCCAAGAAACUGCUGGGCUUCUCCUUGAUCCUUCUGCUCAUGUUCAUGAACUUCUUCUCGCUCAAGACCUUCGUCCAACGCUUCUCCAUUCUGGCGUCACUCGCAAAGAUUGCAGCCACUCUUCUCAUCAUCUUUACCGGAUUCUACGUUCUCAUUUUCAAAGACUGGACUCAGAAUCUGAAUGCGCCCUUCCAAGGCUCUGUCUGGAGCCCUGGCCCAUUUGUGAAAGCUCUGUUUGCCGGGCUCUUCUCCUAUGACGGAUGGGACAUUUUGAACUUUGGAGCCGAAGAGAUCGAGAACCCGAAAAGGACAAUGCCGCUGGCGAUUAUCAUCGGAAUGACGUGUAUUGGAUUCAUCUACGUCGCCGUCAACAUAUCCUACAGCGUCGUUCUUACCGUUCCAGAGAUGCUUGGCUCGAACGCUGUCGCCAUUGAUUUCGCUCAGAAAACUCUAGGCUCCGCUGCUGUUGUGGUGCCCGUGAUGGUCGCCAUCCUCCUCAUCGGAUCACUCAACAGCACUAUGUUCUCGGCUAGCAGGUAACACACGUUUCUUCAGUCACUGUUAACUUCUUAUCCAUACACUCAGAUACCUGCAAGCAGUGUCCCGACAGGGUCACAUCCCGAGUGCUAUUUCUGGAAUUGCCCCUAACUGUGACUCUCCGAGAGUAGCUCUUCUUGUUCAUGUAAGUGUUUCCACUGUCACUCAACUUUCCAUAAUUUCCUCAGAUUCUCAUCUCCAUCGCUGUUUCUUUCAUGGGCGAUCCGGACAAGCUGAUCAACUACGUGGCGUUCGCCCAAUGGUCCCAGAGAGCAUUCACAAUGUCCGCGCUGCUCUACCUCCGUUUCCGCGGCCGCCCACGUCAUCCAGAGCGCAUCCAACUGCCCAUCGUCAUGCCGAUCAUCUUCUUCUUGGUCUGCACUUCGAUGGUCGUCGUCAGUAUCAUCGAGGACUUCAAAUCUUCGGCAGUCGGACUCGGAAUCCUGCUCGGCGGACUCAUCAUCUUCAUCAUUUUUGUGUGGGACCGGGCACUUCCUUCCAUUGAUUCCUACAAAAAUUCUUCACAAAACGUCAAUGGUACCCUUUUUGAUUCGACCCGAGUAUUAUCAUUCUGAUUUUACAGAAGAAACCACCAAAUUCAUGCAAAUCAUUUUCAACGUGAUGCCGGAACGAGUCGGCGACGAGGAGAUGAGAAACGCGAUCGGCGGAGCGGAAGCUGAAGACGAGAAGGUGCCAACUGACAAGAUCUCUCCAUUGGAUAACGGGUUUUCCAAGUGUACACGAUUGUAA